GGUGACGUACAUUACACCAGCGAUAUGGCGAGUAGCUCUCUGUUCACUCACGUGGGUUCGUUGUUUUUCAAGGUUGUAUAAACUGUAGCGAUGUUAGUGUUCUUUUAACAUAUUUUGCGAUUUGCUAUAAUAAUGUACAAGUGUUUAGGAGCAUCGGCAUUCCAAUUCUACACUCGUACGUGCUUAAAACAUGUUUCAAGACCGCAGCUGUCAAGGGAACAUGAAGGGGUGUCGCUACUUCGACGGUCAUUUGUUUCCAGCUUAAUAUCAAAGGACUGGGCAACACAUUUGGUCACAAAUCAGAGGUGCAGAUCAUCCAAAAGUCUGAGAUGUUACAGCACUCAAAAAGGAGCUGGAGAACCAGCAUCAAAUCGAAGUCAGGAAUUAUACACUUUAGUAGAGCCACAGAAACAAGAACCAUUUGUGUUCCCGGACUUUGAUGAACCAGUGGACAAUAAAGAUGAUGAACUGCCAGAUCAUCUUCUUUUGCAUGAUCUCAGAAGUAAUACAGAAACAAAGCCAGUGCAUGAAAAGCAUGGUAAUUACAUGCACCUUAGAGGACUGGAAAUGCAAAUGAAACAUUUAAAGGGCUCUUCAAAGUCUGAAAACUCGUUGAUUGAGUUCCACGAUGAAGGAUUACCUCUGGACAGACGCACCAAAUCAAAGAAGGUUAAAAAGCAACAAAAGAUCUAUGGCACUCCUGAUGUGGACGUGGCAGUCAGUGAUACCUGUUGCUCCGGCUGCGGGGCCCUCAUGCACUGUACGGACCCUGAAAUCCCAGGUUUCCUGCCAAGUGAGAAAUUCAAAGCGUUAGUUGAAGAGGACCAACUGAAGAGGGCAAUAUGUCAGAGAUGCUUUUUAAUCAGUCACCACCAGAAGGCUUUGAACAUCACCAUGUCCAAAGAGGAGUACAGAGCGAUUGUCAAGAGAAUUAAAUCAGAGAAGGCUUUGGUGCUGCUGAUAGUGGAUCUUCUGGAUCUCCCUGACUCCAUCAUCCCAGACCUUCCAGAGCUUGUUGGAAAGAAUAAGCACAUUGUGAUUUUAGGAAAUAAAAUAGACUUGCUGCCCGGAGAUGCUGAGAAUUACCUGCAGCGUGUCAAACGUCAACUCCAGGCAUACUGUGAAAGCAUGGGUAUUUCUACCAUUGAUAAAAAAGACAUCCACCUCAUCAGUGCCAAAACAGGGUAUGGUAUAGAAAACCUUAUAACGAGACUGCAGUCGACCUGGAAGUACAAGGGAGAUGUGUAUUUGGUCGGGACAGCCAAUGCUGGCAAAUCCACGCUGUUUAAUACUCUACUGGAAUCUGAUUAUUGCAAAUCCAGAGCCUCAGAUGUGAUUCAUAAAGCUACUAUAUCUCCAUGGCCUGGGACAACAUUAAAUCUGCUGAAGUUUCCCAUCAUCAACCCGACCCCCUACCGGAUGUUCAGGCGGGCAGAGAGACUGAAGCAGGCGUCUCAUUUGACAGAGGAUGACUUGAAUCCUGAAGAGCUGAAGAGAAUCGUGCAGUUCAGCAAACGGGGAUACUUGGUUGGUCACAUUGGGAGGACAUUCCUAGCAAAUCAGCCACCCAAGAAAACUCUUGUGGAAUUUGAUCCUGACAGUCUGAGCUUUGGAGAAGACCUGGAGGAAGAUGUUAAAAAAGAUCCAUCCUUGGACUCCUCCACAGAUGCAGAGCUCAGCUACAAUGAAAUCAAAGAUGCACACUGGUUCUAUGACACCCCAGGCAUCAUGAAAGAACAUGACGUUCUCAGCCUGUUGAACGAGCAGGAAGUGAAGCUGGUGGUUCCUACACAGGCCAUUACGCCAAGAACGUUUGUUAUGAAGCCCGGUAUGGUUUUAUUUUUGGGGGCUUUGGCACGCAUUGAUUAUUUGGAGGGGAAAAGCUCAUGCUGGUUAACAGUUGUUGUUUCCAAUCGUAUCCCGGUUCAUAUCACCAGUUUGGACAAGGCUGAUGCAAUCUACCAGAAACAUGCUGGGAAUACCCUUCUUGCAGUCCCAUCUGGUGGUGAGGAGCGCAUGAAAACUUUUCCACCACUUGUUGCUCAAGACUUUGAACUCCAGGGGCAGGGCUGUAACACCGCAAUCACUGACAUCAAGAUCUCAUCAGCAGGCUGGGUUGCUGUGACAGCAGCCGAAGGAGAUCAGCUGUUGUUGAGGACUCACGCCCCUGAAGAAGCAGGACUGUGUUUGCGCACCCCGCCUUUACUGCCCCACGUCGUGAAUCUGAAAGGACAGAGAAUCAACAAAACUCCCGCCUACAAGACGAGAAAGCCACAGGCGCUGGUAGACACCGGUCUGUCUGUGAAAGCUGCUGAGAGACUCAAAGUGAGAAGAAAAAAUUGAAGUGUCGUGGUUGUUUCUAUUGUUAUCUCUUAAGCUUUUGGUUGUCAAAAUAUUGUUCUGGUCGAACUGAAUGUACUGCUUGUAUGCUACAAGUACAGUUGCUAUUAAUGUAUUGUUUUUUUAUACUAAAAUGUCUAAACGAUUAUGAAUUUACCUGAUAAUUGUUUAUAUAUUCUGACAUUUUAAAUGUCUUUCAAAUAAAAAACAGAACAAAA